GGGGUUGCUCCUUUCCCCCUGACUAGUCUGCUCUGAGCACGUGCACCCCACGCCACACAACCACAGGCCUCGCCCUAGUUUUGGUGCAUGUGCGGCCUCUUCCUACAGGGCCAGGGAAGGGGCUCUAGCAGCCUAGAGCAGCGCCUUUCAUUUACACAGCAAAAGUUCCCCGCCAGCCCGUUUCCGGUGCUAGCCCAGCUGCUUUGAGGGAUCUCUGAACAGAUGGCUGCUGACUGAUGAGGGAGGACAUCGCCUCCCCAUUCUGUUCCCUUCUAGUGGCAGCCUGCUCGCUUUGCCUUGGAGACGGAGCUGAAUUUCCCCACUCAGGAGCUUGGCUGGAUCUAGCUUCCCUUGUAAAGGGCAGCGCGACAUCCGCUGUGGCCCUUGGCGGUGGUGAGGGGCAUCUGUCUAGUGCCACAGUAACCACGCCUUCCCCUCCCGCAGUCCCGGAUGCUCCAGGCAGGUUUGGGGGGAAGUAGAAGGACUUGGGGGCCCACUGGGGUGCAGCAGGCUGGCUUCAAGGGGCUGGAUUUCCGAUGUCCUCGAUUCCCCCUCUGACGAGACACUUGGGGCUGGGCCCUCAGUAAGCAAGCUGCUGGCUGUCCCAUCACAUUUAAAAUGGAGGUGGGGUGAAGGCUUCCAGGAGCUGCCUCAGCCCCUUGUCAGCCUCCUGCACAGGAGCUGGUACUUGCUGACGGCUUCCUCCUAUGCAGCAGAGAGCAGAUCUCGCGGGGUCCCAGUCCCCCUGUGCAUUCGGGCACUGCCUGAGCACUGACCCCCACCGGCUGGUCAGUCCUUCACCCCUUGCCCUGCAGGCUGCCGUGCUGUCGCUUGCUUCCAGGGCAGCAUGGCUUGUCUGGUGUUGCUUAGCAGUCGGCUUUCAACAUCCAAGGCAUCGGAUUUGGGAGAGGGCUGUUUCCCUUGCCUUCUGAGCAUAUGAGGGCUGUCAAUGCUCCCUCCCAUGCCCAGAUCCUGCAUGGUUUUGGGUAGGGAGUGUGGCUGGGCUGUCUCCACUAGUGCCGAGUGUUGCUUUGCAGUCUGAGCAAGCCUCCCUUUCAGGGCUGCGCCCCAUGGGGAGGAAGAUCAGGGCUGCCUGGGUCAAGAGAAGAGCUGCGCCCGCAUCCCUCCGGCGAAGGCUUGGCUACUAGAAGGCGAGCAUCUGUGCGGGGGCGGCGGCUGCCUGGUGAUUCAGGAAUGAGCCGGGAGUACUCGCUGCCGUUGCUGUGCACUCGCUUUGUUCCUGGUGGUUGUAGCACUCGUGGGUCUUGAGGGCACCCUGCUCAGCAGUUGGAGAGAGAAGCCCAAGGGGAUCGAGGAGGAGGAGGGCCUGCCCUGCGCCCAGGGAGCAGACCUGCUGAAAUGCAGCUGCCCCUGGGGUGGAACACGGCAUGGCACCGUGCCCCUCCGCGGUGAGAGCGGGGAGCAGAUGGAGCGCAUGGCCCCAGAGGUGGAAAGGGGCCAAGACGCAAACCAGGAACACUUGUCAGAUGCAGCUUGGGGAUGAGCGGGCCCCUGGCUGGGUGUGAGGCUCCCGCUUCCCCCCUCACCACUGGCCCAGACAGGUCUUGCUCCCCAGCAGGGUCCUGAGCGCUCCAGCGUAUCAAAUGCUGCCCUUUUGCCCCCAAACGUGCUUCCCAUGCCCCCUUGGCUCAGGUUCCCGGGCCGAGGUGCAGUUACUGACUUCUGCCACGUGAUGGAGCAGGUGGCUUCAGCUCCGGUUGGUUUCCUGGGAGCUCCAGGGUGGGGGUGUUCCCCCAAGCUGCUGGGCUGGGGGCAGUUUCUAUGCUCCUGUGCCAGUGGGGCAAGCACUGGGCUCCCUGGAGCCAUCGGUUCACAGGGCAGCAGGUCCAGUCCAGCCCCCGCUUUGCCCCCAAAGGGGAAGUGUUGCUCCCUUGCGAUUCACUGAACAGGGCCGUCUGCUCAAGGGGCCGGUGCAGAUGCUCCAGCAUUGCCGAGUGGCUUUCUCUGGCACCCCACCCCGACUGCUGCCUGCCAAGCAGCUGCUGGGGGACCUGGAGACUGGUGCCAGCCACGUGGCUCCUUGCCCAGCUCCCUUUGGCCGAGUCGGUGUCAGGGGCACAGGCCCGGUUCAGCCCCGGCGGGCCCUAGCCACGAGCCAAGCUGUCAGGGCACCCCAGCGGCAUCCGAGCGGAGGCAGCAGUCGGCAUCCGAGUCCCCUGCCCAGCGCUGCUCAGCGCCACGUGCCAGGCUGGCAGCAGAAGAGCCAGGACAGGAGACGACGCUUCCCCAGGGACCUUCCCCGGCUCUGCCAAGGUACAGACCUGCCCCCCUUGCUAGGGGUGGUGGGUGAGCCCCCCGGCCACUCCAGGGGGCUGGCAUUGGGGGGUGACAGCCGGGGGCCUCCCCCGCAGAGCAACGGGCAUCGCAGGGAAAUGCCUUAACCUGCGUCUGAAUGGAAAGCGCAGGCAUGCAACCCUCCGGGGGCAUGCUUCCUCCCUGGCCCCUCUGUGCCUCAGUUUCCCCCACCUGUGCAAUGGGAGUAAGACUGCCAUUGGAAAAGGGCUCAGUGCAGAGGCCAUACAAGCAGCCGGGCUCGCCGUGCCCCCGGUAGGUACGUGCAGCUCCCAGUCCCUGAGCAUGGGGGUGGCCACCCCGCUGCCAGCUCCAGCCUCAGCCUGCGCGUUCCCUAAUUACAGCUGUUCAUUUUAAUUAACUUGCCUGCCAGCUCCAAGGGGAAACGGGGCCACAUGGGAAGAGGGGGGCUCGCUGUGGCCCUUCAAGCUGUGAGCUGGGUACCUCUGCGGGGAGGCAGAUCCCCAGCCGCAGCACCAAGCCCCCGUCUGCACCGAGCUCUCCUGGGCAGUGCCAGGGAGACGCUCGCCCUUGCCUGGGCUCUGGGCACAGCCUCCCUCCCCUGCAGCAGGCGGGUCAGGCCCAGGGAAGGAUGCAUGGUGCUAAUAAGCAGAGCUGAUGAAGCGCAUCCAUCUGCGGGAGCCGAGGCCGCGGGGCUGGCAGGCUGGUGCCAUCCAUCCUGCCUGCGCUACCAGAGCCCGGCUCCCUGUAGAGCCGCAGCACGGCCCUUUCCAAGGGCUCAGCCCGGAGCUCGGGGCAGGGCGGACAGCGCCCACCGCGUCCGGUCACCGGCCAGAGCUCACGAGAGCUUGACCCCGGGGCCGGGACAGGGACCCCACUGCUCCCGUCCUGCAGGGAGCUCCCCGUGGCCCAUGGGUGCAAAUAUCCCGUGGGCUGGCUUGGCCGGCUUCAGCCUGGGGCUGCUUCUGGCCACACAAGGCAGCGAAGCCCUGCGCUUCUGGGGUCCCGGAGCAUCCCCCGCAUGAGCUCCCCACGGCCCCCUGCCCUGCCCUGCCCUGCCCAGCACCGUGCGACUCGUGGCCGCUUUGCCAGCAGCUGUGGCCCGCGAGUCACCCAGUCGGGGAAAAUUGAGCCAUUCUUAUUCAUUAGGCUGGAGCUGACAGAUGCCCGCCUGGCACGGAGAGGCAGCGAGCGCUGGAGCCCGCGGGCCUCCCAGCUCAGCGCCGCGGGGAGGAUCAGCUCCUCUCCCAUCCUGCUGCCCACACCUCGCAUCCUGCAGCUGGGUCCCAACCUCCCACCCUGGGCGUCCGCCCCUGCCCCUGCCCGGGCCCUUGGGAGCAAGGUCUCCCGCGGUGCUGGCUGCAGGCUGAGCAAGCUUGGGCCGUCCCUGGUCUGGCCACGGCCCACAGCUGGCUUUGGUGGGGAUCGGGGGCGUCUCGGGGUUGCUGCCCGGGACCGAGGCUGGCAGGGCUCGGACGUGGCUACCGCUGACGCUGUGCUGGGAGAGCCCAGGACCCAGGUGGGGUGCGGGGACCUGCCUGCUGCCGCGGCCCAGGCCUUCCCGACCCCGGUGGCUGCCCAGCAGCUUGAGGGUGACCCCCGCUCUCUGCACAGGUCCGCGCCCCCCCGGCUGCACGGGGGCUGCAGGGUCCGGGUGCCAGCGCGGGGGCCCGCUCUGCCUGGCGCGUCGCCCUGUUUCUGCCAGGCAGCCCGAGGAUUAAUUCCUGGAGCGCCAGCGCCUGCCGUGCCCCCAUCACGCAGCUCAUUAGCCACAUCUGCAUCUUAAUGCUGCCAGAGAGGGGCUAAUUUCAUCACCGUGCACAAAGCGGAGCUGACAGCUCCCCGGAGCGGGCGAGCCCAGGGCUCCGCUCCGAAUUGCAGCUUGAGUCAGCGGCUGUGGAGGUGGCAGGCGGCGCGGAUGCCAGGGCUGGCCACGCGUGGGUCCGGCGUGCGGCGGAGGGCAGCGGUGCCCGCACCGGGACAGGCGGCGCCGGAGCUGGUGACAGCACCCACUGCAUGAUGCGUGCUCCCUGGAGGCGCCGCUGACCGCCAGCUGCCUGCAGCCCGGACACACCGCUGCCUGCUUCGUCUCGGCCACCGCCAGCCCCGCUCCCUGCCGCCCGCCCGCCCGCCCGCCUGCACGAAGCCCUCGGCCUCGCACCAGCAUGACGGAGAUCCAGGACCUGGCCUCGCAGGCCUCGCUGGGCGUGGUGUCGGCCACCUGCGUCUCCAAGGUGGAGCUGCGGGUCAGCUGCAAGCACCUGCUGGACCGCGACACCCUCAACAAGUCCGACCCCUGCGUCGUGCUGCUCAUGCAGUCCCAGGGCCAGUGGAUGGAGGUGGACCGCAGCGAGGUGAUGAAGAGCAACCUCAACCCCGUCUUCUCCAAGAUCUUCAUGGUGGACUACUACUUCGAGGAGGUGCAGAAGCUGCGCUUCGAGGUCUACGACAGCCAUGGCCACGCCAGCAUCGGCACCCACGAUGACGACUUCCUGGGGGGCAUGGAGUGCACCGUGGGCCAGAUCGUGGCUCAGAAGCGCGUGACCAAGCCGCUGUUCCUCAAGUACGGGAAGUACGCCGGCAAGUCCACCAUCACGGUGCUCUCCGAGGAGAUUUCUGGCAACAACGGCUACGUGGAGCUCGCUUUCCGGGCCAAGAAGCUGGAUGACAAGGACCUAUUCAGCAAGUCGGACCCUUUCCUGGAGAUCUACCGGAUCAACGACGACCGCAGCGAGCAGCUGGUGUACCGCACAGAGGUGGUGAAGAACAACCUGAGCCCCGUGUGGGAGCCCUUCAAGGUCUCGCUGAACUCGCUGUGCAGCUGCGAGGACAAGAGGAGGCUGCGGUGCGUGGUCUGGGACUACGACACCCGGGGCAAGCACGACUUCAUCGGCGAGUUCUUCACCACCUUCGAGGAGAUGCAGAAAGCCACGGGGGCGAACAAGGUGCAGUGGGACUGCAUGAACCCCAAGUACAAAAUCAAGAAGCGCAACUACAAGAACUCGGGCGUCGUCAUCUUGCUGGACCUGAAGAUCCACAGGGUCUACUCCUUCCUGGACUACAUCAUGGGAGGCUGCCAGAUCCACUUCACAGUGGCCAUCGACUUCACGGCCUCCAACGGGGACCCCCGCAACAGCUGCUCCCUGCACUACAUCAACCCCUACCAGCCCAACGAGUACCUGAAGGCCCUGGUCGCCGUGGGCGAGAUCUGCCAGGACUACGACAGCGACAAGAAGUUCUCCGCCUUGGGCUUCGGCGCCAGGAUCCCCCCCAAGUACGAGGUGUCGCACGACUUCGCCAUCAACUUCAACCCGGACGACGACGAGUGCGAAGGCAUCCAGGGCGUGGUGGAGUCCUACCAAAACUGCCUGCCCAAGAUCCAGCUCUACGGCCCCACCAACGUGGCCCCCAUCAUCUCCAAGGUGGCCAGGGUGGCCGCUGAGGAGGAGAGGACGAAGGAGGCUUCGCAAUACUUCAUCCUGCUGAUCCUGACGGACGGCGUGGUGACGGACAUGGCGGACACGCGGGAGGCCAUCGUGCGCGCCUCCUACCUGCCCAUGUCCAUCAUCAUCGUGGGGGUGGGCAACGCCGACUUCACCGACAUGCAGAUCCUGGACGGGGACGACGGCAUCCUGCGCUCCCCCAAGGGCGAGCCCGUCCUGCGCGACAUCGUCCAGUUCGUGCCCUUCCGCGAGUUCAAGAACGCUUCGCCCACGGCGCUGGCCAAGUGCGUGCUGGCCGAGGUGCCCAAGCAGGUGGUGGAGUACUACAGCUACAAGGCCUUCCCGCCCCGCUGCCCCAAGGCCGAGACGCCCGACUCCACGCUCAGCUCCCCGCAGUGACCCCCAGCCCCUGCCCUCCCCGCCCCUGCCAGCGCCACUCGUCGUGUGAUGGGAAGGGGACGCCAGAGCCAGUCGCGCCCGCUCGCUCGCCCCCUGCAACCCGUCGGGCGGGCCCGGGACCCUCGGAGAUGGGGAGAUGGGCUACGCCUCCCUGGCUCGUGGCCCGGCUCUGCUGGCAGGGGGGCGGCCGGAGCUCGGGGGCUGUGAUGGGCACGGAGCCCCUUCCUGCCGGGGUGACACAGGCGAGGGCGGCUGCUCCGGGGCUGAGCGCUCGCACCCGCCCGCAGCCCGGCGGGGCUCCCCGUGGCCCCCAGGCAGCGUGGGGUCGGUGCAGGGCUGCCCUUGCUGCCCCACUCUGCCUCCGUGGUGCCCAUCCCCGUGUGACCCAGCACUGUGCCAGCCCCCGGGCGCCGAGCCCGCCGUGCGGGGCAGCAGGGCCAGCGACGGUGUUGGCGGCGGAGGCCCCAGACCCCAGCCGUCCUCCUCCCUGCUCUCGUCCGUCUGUCCCCCCUCCCGGUGCCAUGCAUGCCGCUCGCCAGCUCCACGUGUGUCUGUGCCGUGCGUGGUCGUCUGUCGCCGUGGCCUUGUGUAAGCGUCUGCAUGCCCGAUCCGUCGUCCUUGAUGUACGAGCGGGGCCACCCAAUAAACGGCACGCUCCAUUUUGCCCCAUG